CGCUCUAGCCCUCGCUCUCGCCACCAGCUGAGGCCGUCCACCUCGACAUUUUUGUCAGAGUCGAGCUCCUCGGAGGACGACGACACUGGGGAUGAGCUAAUCCCCAGCGAUGACUCAGACUCAGACAUUGAUUAUGAGGCCCCAAGUGACGACGAUUUAGACUUUGUCUCACACUCGUUGGACUUGACAGUGACGAGCCUCUGUCAGUCCAUGUCAACAAAACAUGGAACAGCAAUGCUCCAGGGACCCCAGACUUUAGGUGGAGAAGGAAGGAGAAUGUACCAAGAAAGUACAGUUUUUCUGGUACACCUGGUGUCAAGGUUGACCUGGCCAAGGAUUCAACACCACUGGCAGUCUACAGGGAGUUCAUCACCGACGAGCUGAUUGACUUCAUAGUGGAAGAGACGAAUAGAUUUGCAGAGGCAAACGAGACAGCACGAAGACACGGACGGCGAUGGAACCCAGUCACGAGUGCCGAGCUCCAUGUAUACCUUGGGCUACUGAUGCUGAUGGGGAUCAACAAGAAACCUUGGCUGGCCUUUUACUGGUUGAGAAUCCAGGGGUGGCCAUGCCAAUUUUCCCUUUGACCAUGCCCCGCGAGAGGUUCGAGCAGAUUUCCCGCAACCUCCAUUUCCAGAACAAUGAGGGGGAACCUGCAGAGGAAGAUCGGCUGUGGAAACUGAGGGCAGUGCUGACCAUUCUUGGGGAUUGCUUCAAGAAGGUCUUCGUCCCGGAAGUUUAUAUCGACGAGUCCCUGUGGAAAUUUAAGGGUCACCCAAGUUUCCGCACCUACAACCCGAGCAAGCGGGCCAGAUUUGGGGUAAAGGUUUACAAACUUUCUGCAAGUGACGGCCUGUGUGCAGGGUACACUGCCGUGUUCAAAAUCUAUACCGGCAGGGAGCAGGGGUCUCUACCGUCCUCUCAGAAAGCGGUGGUGGACUUGAAGGAGGAGGGUGAAUUCUUCUGGAAAGGGUACACGGUGUGUGUUGACAACUGGUACACCUCUCCAGUGCUCUUCCAUUUUUUACAGUCCAGGAAGACUGGUGCAGUGGGGACUGUGCGCCUGAACCGCCGCCACAUGCCUUGUGAUUUGAAGGUCCGGAAACGGGAGGACGUGGACUCCCAAAGUUCUCCAACCGGCAUGUUGGCACUAGUCGCUGCCUACAACGACGGAAUGAAGGGAGUGGACUUGGGGGACCAGCUCGCUCAGUCUUACCCUUCAGUGCGUAGGGCACUGGAGUGGUACAAAAAGAUUUUUUUUUUUAUUUAUGACUUGGCCACUGUCAACAGCCACGCUGUUUACAAGUAUUUGGGCAACAGGUCAGAACAAAUUGACUUUCGUCUCGACCUCGCCAUGUCAAUAAUAAAUAAUUUUCUUCCUGAUAUCAAGCCCUACAGUGCUUGAGGGCGCCCAUCAACGCUGCCUUCUCCUUCCAGAUUUCAGGGAAGGACUAGACACAUUGUGAGGGAGACGCCUGGAAGGAGAUACAGGAGGUGUUUCCUCUGCUACAGGGCCGGAAGGAGGAAGAUGAUGCGGACUAUAUGUCUGGCAUGCGAGGUGUCACUAUGCACCUACGGGUACUUAGAGAGGUAUCACUCAGAAAAAUUUGGUAUAAGUAAAAAAAUAAAUAAAAAUGGUGAUGGGUACAAUUCUGUUUCUUGUUCUCCUUUCUAUAAUUGAAAGAGGCAGCUAAGUCCACAUUCUGACCUAUAUAA